AUGUCGUCUGAAGCCCCUCUGAACCCAUUUCUGCUGGCGGCGAACACUCCAGACCCAGAUCCCCGCUUAUUGCCUCUGCUUCGAUCGAGGCCAGAGCUAGCAUCUGCGCAAGACGCCCAUGGUUACUCUCUCCUGCACGCUGCUGCUUCAUACAAUCAUGUCGGACUCCUUCGAUCCUUGGUCAAUGAGUUCAGGGUGGAUAUCAACUUGAAAGAUGAGGACGGGGAAACAUGUUUGUUUGUGGCUGAAACGAUUGAAGCUGUACGAUGUCUGCUGGAGGAGUUGCACGUUGACCUACAAGUGCGCAACGAGGACGGUAUGGACGCGAUGGAGAAAUUCGAGUCAGAGCAAGAAUUUCCCGAGGUAGCAGAAUACCUUCGAAACCACGCUGCAGAGGCACCUAUAGCGGAAACUACCAGCGCGGGCGCUGGCCUUGCGCCGAAUGGCGUUCAACAGCCACCCGCCCUGCCACCAAAUGUUUCCAUUAGCAUUGGCACGGAGUCUGACACAACAGGUCCCGUUGACCAAGAACCAGACCCUGGGUUCAGGCAACGGAUUGAAGAGUUGGCUUCCAGGGAAGACUUCCACACUGCAGAAGGCCAGAGAGAGCUGCGAGAGCUAAUCUCCGAUGCCGUAAGAGAUGUAGGAGGCGACGGCCGGGAUGUCCGGAGGCGUGUCGGAUGA